UAGCAAUCCAUUAUUUAUUUAUGCGUAUCUGCUUGUGGUUCGUUGUGAAACGACAGAAAAACAGUAUUCUGAAAGAAAGAGGUAUAAUACGAUCAGACAACUGAGCAGAUCAGAGACCAAUAAUGGCAGUCAAUACUGUAGCCUUCAUUGCUUCUCUGCUAGCUGCGUCAGCAUACAUCACUUAUAGAAAUGUAGAUUUCACUCAGACAAUUAGUACAGAGGGUUGGAGUUUGCCACGCACAGAAGAAAAUGCGAAGUACUUUCGGCCCCAUGCUAGGGCGGAAUCAAAAAUAGACAUCAACGAGUUCCUGAUUGGAGUUAUAGAAAAUUUCAAGGAUGACAUGACCGUUGGCAUUCCGGAGUUGAAAGUCCCAAUACUCGAUCCUUUCAUGCCAAAGAAACCCAUCAAGAUAGACGUUGAAGACAGCAAGGCAUCUGUGCACGGGAACUUCACAGAUGUUCAUAUAGAAGGUUUAUCGGGAUUCAUCAUGGACAACUUGCACGCCGACCUCCAGAACCUGUCUCUUACAUUCCAGCUUCGCAUCCCCUACAUCAAAGCCUACGGGAAUUACUCCAUUAAUGGCAAGAUCAUCAAGAUCGUUCCUCUCAGAGGAAAUGGAGAGUUCAAAAUCGAGUCUCAUAACCUGAGCGUGUCUGCUAAGGCAUCUUUAGAAACGUCCGAUGACGACCACUUGCAGUUAUCGAAAGAUUUUGAUGUAGAAAUGGACUUCGAUAAAGUAGAGCUGCAUUUGGAGAAUUUUCUAGGAGGCGGCAGAUGGACGGAGGUUCUGCUAAAAAUUUUGAAUGAUAUCAGCAAAGAUCUUUUCAAGAAAUGCCUCCCUCUGCUAAAGGGUGAGCUGAACAAAUCCCUCCUCAAGGUGAUCAACAAACAUCUCAUGAAGCUCCCCAUCACAUCUAUCAUCCCGGGAUCGGAACCCAAUGAAUACAUCGAUCAAAUUCUCACCAAUGUGCAGUACUAUGUGAAGGACAAGGACCUCGACCCCAUGAAAUUGCCCGAUUUCGCAUCCAAUUUCUCGAAAGAAAUAAUGUACGUGACAUUUAAUGGAGAGGCGAAGAUGUACGAUGGCUGGUUGUACGGCAUCUCCACCAUCCACAGAACGGAUGAUUGCGAGUUGAACACGACGAAGACCACCAUCACCGUCUCGGCCCAUCUAGGACUCUCCGCGCUUAGGCUCACUUACAAAGGUCACGCUAAAUUCAUGUCCUUCGGCCCAUCACUGACAGCUGGCGGCAGCAUAAAGAAAGUGUCCUUCUAUUUCAAGAUUCAGCAAUCCAACAAGAAAGGGGCAAAGCCUGAACUGAAGGAGUUCGAAAUUAUUGAGAUGUCCACUAUCUGGAUAGAAAUGUCUGGUCUGGGGCCUCUGACCUGGAUUCUGAAGUGGUUGCUUACUGGAAUCUCGAAGCUGGUCGAAGAUUUCAUAGUAGAGAAGAUGACCGUCACAAUAAGAGGUUACUUGCAAAAUGAAUUCGAAAAGUAUUCAUUCCCUGUGUAAAAUUUCUUUAUAUACUCAUUGUUUUCGAAUAAGAAAUGAAAUGAUAAGAAUGUCUAACCGGUUGAUGUAUA